AUGGAAGUGAGAUGUUUCGCCUUGACCAUGUACAGUGUUCUUGCAGCUCUUUGUCUUGCCGUGUCCGGACUGAACAAUUUAGCGGCAAACAGGCAGUACCUGAACGAGUGGGCAGUGGAGAUCCCAGGGGGCAUCGAUGCUGCCCGCUUAAUCGCCAGAGAGCUCGACUACGAACUAAUCAGACAGAUUGGGCAGCUGGAGGAUCUCUACUUGUUCAAACACCGGCGGCAUCCUAGCAGGACCAAAAGGAGCGCUGAACACAUCACCAAGAGGCUAGCUGAGGAUGACCGGGUGACCUGGGCAGAGCAGCAGUAUGAGAAGAGGCGCGCCAAGCGGGCGCCGGUGGCUGGCCAGUGCCAGAGCUGCUCGGCUGACAAGCUCUUCAGCGACCCCAUGUGGAACCAGCAGUGGUACCUGCAAGACACCCGCACAUCGCCCUCGCUGCCCAAGCUGGACCUGCACGUGAUCCCCGUGUGGAAGAAGGGCAUCACGGGGAAGGGAGUGGUCAUCACCGUGCUGGAUGACGGCCUGGAGUGGAACCACACGGACAUCUAUCCUAACUACGAUCCAGCUGCAAGCUAUGACUUCAAUGACAACGAUCCCGACCCCUUCCCACGCUACGACUCUACUAAUGAGAACAAACAUGGUACUAGAUGUGCUGGUGAAAUUGCCAUGCAGGCGGACAAUAAUAAAUGUGGAGUAGGAGUGGCAUACAACUCCAAGGUCGGAGGUAUCCGGAUGCUGGAUGGGAUCGUGACCGACGCCAUUGAGGCCAGCUCUAUUGGCUUCAAUCCCAACCAUGUGCACAUCUACAGCGCCAGCUGGGGGCCCAACGAUGACGGCAAGACCGUGGAGGGGCCCGGACGCCUGGCGUCGAAGGCCUUCGAAUACGGCAUCCAGAAGGGUCGUGACGGGAAGGGCUCCAUCUUUGUGUGGGCGUCCGGUAACGGCGGUCGCCAGGGCGAUAACUGCGACUGCGAUGGCUACACCGACAGCAUCUUCACCAUCUCCAUCAGCAGCGCCUCGCAGCAGGGCCUGUCACCGUGGUACGCCGAGAAGUGUUCCUCCACCCUCGCCACCGCCUACAGCAGUGGAGACUACACUGACCAGAGGAUCACGAGUGCUGAUCUGCAUAACGAGUGCACGGAGACCCACACGGGCACAUCCGCCUCUGCCCCACUGGCUGCUGGGAUAUUCGCCCUGGCUCUUGAACAGAAUCCGGAGCUGACCUGGAGGGACCUGCAGCACAUUGUGGUGUGGACGUCGGAGUUUGACCCGCUGGCCAACAACCCGGGCUGGAAGAGGAACGGGGCGGGGCUCAUGGUCAACAGCAGGUUCGGCUUCGGCCUCCUGAACGCCAAAGCCCUGGUGGACCUGGCAGACCCGGCCACCUGGAAGCACGUCCCCGAGAAGAAGCAGUGCAUCGUCAGGGACGAGAGCUUCCAGCCCAGACCCCUGAAGGCAGCUGGAGAGAUCACCAUCGAGAUCCCAACUAAGGCGUGUGCCGGCCAGGAAAACGCUGUCACCUCACUGGAACAUGUCCAGCUGGAGGCCAGCAUAGAGUACACCAGGAGAGGGGACCUCCACAUCACACUCACCUCACCAUCAGGCACCACCACGGUGCUCCUGGCGGAGCGGGAGAGGGACACCUCCACCAACGGCUUCAGGAACUGGGACUUCAUGUCUGUGCACACGUGGGGAGAGGACCCCUCAGGCACCUGGACACUGAAGAUCACAGACACGUCUGGUCGAAUGGAAAAUGAGGGGCAGAUCGUGAGCUGGAAGUUGAUCCUGCACGGCACGUCUGAGAAACCAGACCACAUGAAGAAGCCGCGGGUCUACACACCUUACAACGCUGUGCAGAACGACCGGCGAGGCGUGGAGCGCAUGGAGGCCAUGAUGCAGACUCCUACCCAGAAACCCCCACAGACGCCACCCCCUGCCCCUGAGUCACCUCCCUCCCCCACCCCUGAGGAGAAAUCCAGCCCGUUCUCCAACUCCUCCAUCUCCUCGCUGGCUCUCCUGCGCCUCCUGCAGUCUGCCUUCAGCCGCCAGAGCCCCGCAGCAGCAGCAGCAGCAGACAUGCAGCCACCACAGUCCCCUGCCUACUCCACCAGGGGGCAGCAGAGGGAGCAGGGCUUGAGGGAGAGAGCGCAGGGCCGAGAGGGGGAGAGGGAGAGGGAGAGGGAGCGCAUCCCACAGCAGAAGUUCUACCAGGCGCUGGAGCGCCUCAACCAGCAGAGGGAGCCGGAGCAGAGCCUGUACCGCGACUACAGCGAGCGCUUCUACGGCAACCAGCAGCCCUACAGGCACCGCGACGACCGCCUGCUGCAGGCCCUGUACGACAUGCUGCUCAGCGAAAAGACACAGUGA